UAACGAAUUUAAGGAACACUUUCUCAUAUACUUUAUUUUGGUAAUUACUUCUUGUAUACAAAGUUCCUAGAAAACUUAUAUUUCUACGUACACAAAUAUUGUGUACCACUUGUUCUUGAAAGAGAAUACGAGUUUAUUGAGGAAAAUGAAUGACUCUUUCUUGGAAGAUUUGGAACUAUUACCUACAGAUGUUCAGAAUGUUAAGACCCAUUCAAUAGACCGGCAUAUAACAACUAGAACAGCUACAUCCAGUCCACUGCAACAGUUACAAUCAACUAAAGGAGACAAUUUGCAUCAUAAAUUUGAACAGGCUACAGUUGUUGAAAAGCAAACAAAUGCUAAGGAAUUUACUUUAAAGGAUACAAAGAAGUUAUUAGAACAUGAUACUAGAAAGCAACAGAUGAAAGUCAGGGUGUCAGAAAGGAGGGAGAGAAUAAGUGAUAGCAAAUUGAAGCCCAUUGAAAAUAAAGUGAAACCUGAUGACAAAGAGCAGGAAAUUAAAGAUGAUACCAAAGCAAGAGUUCGAGAGACAAGAGUAAGAAUUUCUGAAAGUAAAGUAACAGGAAGAGAUAGAAUUCGCCGUUCUGGAAGUUGCAAGGAGAACAAUCAAGCAUCAGAUUUGUCUGUCAAAGAAAACAGUAGACCUUCAGACCCUUCGAAAGAAAGUACCUCUCAAGUAGAAGUCCCUAAGGACAAAACAAAAACCUAUGAGUCCAUUAAUAAAUCAGCUGCCAAGGAUAGUGAUCCUGCAGCUUUGCUCAAUGCCAUUAAGGAUAUUGUGAGCAUGCAGACAAAACAGGAGAGCUCCAAAAUUCUGAGAGCCAUGCACAAAUUGCACUUUAAUGCUCAAGCAAAUUUUAUUAAGCACUUGAUGUCCCAAACGGAUGAAUUAGUCAAUGAAAUGCAUCCUAGUAAAGAUUCAAGUAGAGUAAGGAGUUUAGUGGAACACAAUGAAAGAUUAAAGGAGGAUAUUGUUAUUCUGCAAAAACGAAAUGAAGAAUUGCAGAAGAAGUUAGAGGAAUUGGAGUUUUUAAAGCAAGAAAAUCUUGCAUUAAAGCUGAAGUGUAAGGAGCUAUUGAAAUAAUAGUAUUAAGUACUAGAUCUUUUGUCUCUAGGAUAUUCCUAGGGUAUUUUUAGGUGCUGAGGAACCUGUUGAUGAAGUGUCCAUUCCACUCUAUUGCCUGCACAUGUUUUAACUACACAGUCCUUUUGAAACUGUUAUGUAUUAAGUAAUACAGAGUAUACUGAGAUUAAUAAAAGACUAUAUUUUUUAUUAAUAUUUUAAUCUUUAAAAAAUAUUACCGUUCUUUAAUAAUAAUGU